ACUAAUUAUUUCAGGAUCUAAACAAAAUGUCUGAUAAAACAGUAAAUGUACCAUCUACACCACAAACAGAGGAGGUAUUAAGUGAAGAAAUAACAAAUAAAGAGGAAACAGAAAAGCAAAGUAUUGCAGAACAUGAAGAAUCAGAACCUCAUGAAUCUGUCAUUGAUUAUGCCAAGAACACAGUCAACAGUUUUUUAAGUAUGUAUGGUUAUGAUGAAAGGGUGACCACUGAGUCUUUGUCAAAUAUUAAAAGCGAACCUAUCUCUCCAUCAAAAGAUUAUGCACAAGUAACAUCAGAGGCAUCUAAUUCAACCAUCAGAACAGAAGAUAAGGUGGCAAUACUAUCUAAAACUGCUACAGUAACACCAUUACGAAACUGCUCAUCCACUUCAACAAAGGUAGAUUCGGAAAGUAUUCUUGUUGGAGUUAAUUCAACAAGGAAUCUGGAUGGUGCUCCCCGAAAACCCAUUACACCCUACAUGAGAUAUCGAAAUAUGAUCUUUCAGGAAAUCAAACACAAAUAUCCUGGGUGCUCUCCGUACGAUUUAGCCUGCUUAAUUAGCAGCAAGUGGAGUAUGCUUACUGACUCAGAAAGACAGGUUUGGGAGGAACAAUAUGAAGAGGAUAUGAAAAAAUACAAUGAAAAUUUAAAAACGUAUUAUGCACAUCCCAAUUUAAAACGAGACUGGAUGCAGGAAAAGAAAACACCGGCUCACUUGUUAUCGUUUGUUGAAAAUAUAUCUUUGAGAAUAGAACCUCAAUCUCCUGCACAAACCAGGGCGAAUACUCAAGAAGAAUCAAGAUACAAUGGCCGCUCAGGCUUAUGCAAUUGGUGCAAACAUUUUGCUUCCCUGCAAGAGUUUUCAUCAGUAUUGGAGGGGAGAGAGAUAUAUUGCAGUGGGUUAUGCUCGGAAAAAUGUUUCAUUGAGGCUGCACAGCAGAUUUGCAGUGUGGAAAGUGGAAACAACAAAGUUCGUUACAUUGGUAGUGAUCUACCCCACGAGGAACCUCUAAACCAAGUGCAACCGAUAGCGUCUGUAACUUCAUCGAGUUCACAUUCGUCGUCGUCAUCGUCAUCAUUUAACUGGGAUGUGUAUCUAGCAGAAACAAAUGCAACUGUUGCUCCAUGGACGUACUUCAAUCACUCACGAAACCCUCCUGCCAAUAACUUUACCGUUGGCAUGAAACUGGAAAGCUGCAGUCAUUCUAAAGCUACAAAUGUCAAAAGCCUUGCCACUGUCAAAGAAGUGUGUGGUGCAAGAAUUUUGCUGCAUUUUGAUGGCACUCACUCUAACUUGGAUGUUUGGAAGUUAUGCGAUUCAGCUGACAUAUUUCCUGCAGGUUGGCGAGAAGGAUCAAAAUUAAGAGCACCAAUCGGAUACAAGUUCGAAGAAAAGCAUUAUGGUAAAUUUUAUUCCGCCAGCUUGCAAAACGCCACUAUUGCUCCUUCCAACUUGUUUCACAAGGAACCAACAGGUCCUCUAGAAAAUUACUUCAGUAUCGGUAUGAAACUAGAAGCAGUUGUGAAACAGACUCCGCACAUAAUACGCGUUGCAACAGUGGUUGAUGUCGAUCGCCACGAAAUUAAAAUCGAAUUUGCUGGAUACAAGGGUGUUGGAUAUUGGUGCGGUUAUAAAUGUCGUGAUAUAUUUCCAGCUGGAUGGUGUUUGCGUACGGGUCACCCUUUACAGCCACCAGGAACCAAAGUAGACCGUCUUCAUUUGAUUUCCUCGCGGGAAUCAUCUACACCACCACUGGAGAGCACUUCAAGUGGCAACAGAAGCCAGUCCGGCAGUCCUUUCCAAACCACAUCAGUAGCUCCCCAAAGAGAAACUACUUGGAAAGACAAAGCUGCUUCAACUAAUAACGUGGAAGUUUUCAUCAAUAGAGAUUGUUACUGUGGGCCUUAUUUGGAAGCACAAAAGUUGUUCGCGUUGCCGAAAGUCUACCGUGGAAAUAUCGUGAAAGUUUUAAAAAAUGUUCUGGAAGAUACAAUUAAGUGUGCUUCCGAUUCAAAAACUGUUUUUGGUUUUCUAAAGCCAGGGCGAGGAAAUUGCGUAAUCACAGCAGCAUGCGACGGAGUGACGUAUCAGUGCUGUUUGAACAAUAUAGACCGUGUAUCAAAAUUCUGGACCGUGUUGGAACAGUUUUCAGAUAACUUGAGAUGUUGUCAGAACUUAUUUUCAAGCACUAAAUUUUUUUCAGCAUGCAGCAGAUGUGUUUCCACUCAUAGUUCUCUCGGUCCCGGCAAGAGGUCAAGCAGUAACUUGUACGGGUAUUCAUCCCAUAGUGGUGAUGUUGCUAGAGGUAAUCGAGGCGAAUCGUCUUCGGCAAGUUUUGAUAAUUAUUACAAAAGCUCACCGAGAUCAGAGAGAGGAGGAUACGUUACUCCUGCUUAUUCUGUGUAUAGUUCAUCCAGAUUGGAAAAUGAACUCGCGAGAAUGCAGCCAAUAAAUUUAUCGAGGCAUGAUUCGGUGUUUGAACGAACAAGACCUGAGGUUGUUAUGGAAACGAAAGAGGGGCAGAAUAGUUUGAUCGAGUCAGGUAGGCGAGACUCUUAUUUGGAUCCGGAGAAAGAAGAUGUGAAUGUCGAUGGCUUGGACGACACGGAGCCUGUCUUAAAGAAGAAAAAAGUAACAAAUAUGGCUGGUGGAGUUGAAAUCUCAUCCGCGCCAAAAACGUGGAGCAUCGAUGACGUCACUGCUUUCCUUCAACAAACAGACCUAAAAGAUUACAUCGAGAAGUUUAAAGAAAACGAAAUAGAUGGCAAAGCAUUACUGUUGUUGCAACGCGACUUAAUUCUUACUCACAUGGGAUUCAAGCUUGGUCCAGCUGUUAAACUAUUAGAUUUAAUUGCGGAGUUAAGAACUGCGCAAGAGAAGUAUUCAUGACAGUAAAACAUGAAAUUCUGUUAGUUGUUUUUUUAUGAUGUUUCGGAUGUUUUAACUGUUGUCCCUACUUGUCCCUAAUAAUGUUUCGUUGUUUUCUUUUCUCUUCGAUUUUCGUAAAACUUUGUUGAGUAUUUUUUUGUUUUUUGAAGACACAAUAACAUAUUUCCUCUGCAAUUUCGCAAAUGACAAAUGCAGUUAAAAACUUUGCGCGUUCAAAUUUUAAAAAAUGGUUGAAAUAGAGAGAAUUUGUAAGCCUAUAAUAGAGUUGGAGUGACUAUUUCUUCGAGUUUUGGUCGUGCAACGUUGAAUGUGUUUACAAUUCAUGCAUAGUAUUGUUUAAGUGUAUUUGGUAUUAUUCCACACUUCAUUUUGUAAAAAAAGAUUGUAUAUAUUUCUUUACGUAUUUUAUGAAACUAAAAAUAGACUUCUGAUUGUUAUCUUAAUCAACAAAAGGCGCGUUGUGAUCACAAUCUAUAUACCGCAUUGGUUAACUUUAGUAUUGGAAGAGAAUUUCCAUCCUGGAUUGUUGUUUUUUUUAUGGCAAAAUUCAAAUUUGGAUUGUUCUUAGUUAACAAUAAUUUGCGCCUGAAACUGU